CGAAAAAUAUUAAAAUUUAUCUGGUUCAGAAAGACGUAUUAAGAUCUCGGUGAAAAUUUCAAAUCAUUUUGAGGUCUAAAACGGCGGAGAUCGAAUAGGCAACCAUUCAGAUGAUUAUGUUUUUAGUGUUGCAUUCAAAAAUAUUGAAAUGCGAUGAAUAAUACACGCUGUGGUUUUUUCCAAAUCAACAAGCAAUAGGUAAAUUUUGAAAUGAAGCCAUCCAAUACUUGGAAUUUCGAAGCUACCUCUUUCUAUAUGUGACCCACUCUGACAAAACCGACCGUUUCGACAAAAAAAAGUGUCCAAAAUAAUGAUGUUUAAAAUGAGUUUUAAGGGUUGAAAGAUCAGAUUUUUGAGAAAAAAACAUUUUUUGAAAUUUUGUCGAAAUGGUCGGUUUUGUCAGAGCGGGUCACAUAUGUACUUAUUUCCUCCGAGUUGAUGCGAAAUAAUUCACAAGUACCUAGGUACACAGACACACUGCGCCGUUGAAGAAUAAUUUGAUUGUACUUAAUGACCACGUCAUUCAUACGUAAAAACCAAACAGUUACGACACCGUAAUAUGCAUAUUACAAUAGUACUAUUUUGGUUGUAUUACGUCCCUACUUGAGCAACCAAAUGAUGCAAAAAUCAUAGCUUAAAUACUGAUGGAUGAUGAAAUAAAACUCAUAACGCCAGUUCAUUUCAAUCGGGCAUCGUUUCGCAGUUCGUUUUUCAUUUCUCGACAAAUAAGAGGACUUUUUUCGUACAACGACAACUUCGAACGAUAAAAAUUUUUCGGUUUGAAAAAAAAAAUUAAUUAUCCAAGUUUUUAAUAAAAAUUUUUAAAAAAAUGAAGUUCUUUCAAAUAUUAAUCGCGUCGUUAUUCGUACCGAGUAUUUUGACUUUGGAUAAAACUUGGUGGAAACACGCCAGUAUUUACGAAAUAUAUUUGAAAUCGUUCAAAGACAGUAAUGGUGAUGGAAUAGGAGACCUCAAAGGACUGAUUUCCAAACUUGAUUAUCUAACUGGUAUUGGAAUUGAUACCAUUUACAUGCCACCUUUUUAUCCAUCUUCUAUGGCCGAUGGCGGAUAUGAUAUUACCGAUUUCAAAGGAAUUGAUCCCGUUUAUGGGACGAUGGAAGACUUCGAACAGUUGAUGAAGGAAAUGAAAUCACGAGGUUUAUAUUUUUUAAUGGACUUGGUGAUCAAUCACAGCAGCGAUGAGCACGAAUGGUUUCAAAAGUCAAUUGAGAGGAUUGAUCCAUACACAGAUUACUAUGUCUGGGCUGAUCCAAAAGGCUACGACUGGAAUAAAAAACCUAUUCCACCAAAUAAUUGGUUCAGUAUAUUCAAUUUACAUGAAAGUGGAAGUGCAUGGGCUUGGAACGACAAAAGGAAACAGUUCUAUCUGCGACAUUUUACAGAAAAGCAACCCGAUUUAAAUUUGAGAAAUGAAGCAGUUAAAGAUGAAAUAAAAAACAUAAUCGAGUUUUGGUUGAAAAAAGGAGUAACUGGAUUCAGAGUUGAUGCACCAAUGGUACUUUUAGAAGACGAAAAACUUCAAGAUCACCCACCAUUAAAACCUGAACACUCCUCGCUAGAAGCAGUAUUCGCCGUUGAUGAUUACAAGGCCCAUGUUCACCACCCAGAUACAUUCAAAUUUCUCAACGAAUUACACCAAUUUGUUGCACGAUAUGACAAAAAGUCGGGAAAAUCAACCCAAACUCCUCUAAUUGGAGAAACAUACGGAUCAGUUCCGAAAAUCGUGAAAUAUUACGGAACAAGACGAUUCCCAGUGUUCCAUUUACCGUUUAAUUUUCUUUUGACAUCUUUGAAGACAUACUUGAAUGCUCAACAGCUUCAUGAUUUCCUUCACUCGUGGUUGGAUCAAGUACCAAAAGGCUUUCCAUCAAAUUGGGCUCUGGGCAAUCAUGAUUUUGGCAGAUUUUCGUACGUUUUUGACGUUGAAUACAACUCUAUUCUAUUGGUAUUGGUUGCCAUGCUACCUGGAACAGGUACCGUGUAUUAUGGAGAAGAACUGAGCAUGGGAGCAAAUAAACUGGUUCAAUUGGAGGAUACCUAUAAAAGAUUUAUUCAUCGCUCACCGAUGCAUUGGGACGAUUCGAGAAAUGCUGGAUUCACUUCAGCUGAGAAACCUUGGCUACCAGUUCAUCCGAAUUACUGGCAAUUCAACGUUAAAACUCAAAUGGGUCGUGAAAACAGCAGUUUGAAUUACUUCAAGGACCUAAUGUCGCUUAGGAAAACCGACACAUUUAAAUAUGGCGAUUUGAAGUUUCACAUUGUCUCAAAAUGGAUUCUAGCUUUCUCCAGAACUUUUAAAGGAACUGGUUAUGUAACAAUAAUGAAUUUAGGAACGGAGACUGAGCCCAUAGAUUUGUACACCAAUUUGGACAAUGUUUCAUCAACCAUGAAAGUGGUGGCUUCCAGUCCGAAUUCCGGGUAUAAGAAAGGUACCAUUAUCAAAACGACACCCAAUUAUCCAAAUUUGUCUGUUCUUCGACCUCAUUCUGCACUUAUACUCGAGUCAAUAAUACAAUAGACUGACUAUACCUUGUUUUUCCAAUGAAAUAAAAUCGAGUCAAUUCGGAAGUAUGUAUUUACGAUGUCCGUUCUCGCUGAGCGGAACCAGAAUUUCCGAGAGUUUUAGCGAGCGGAAAGCAUAUCGGAAGAAAUGCAUUAAGAAUAAUUAUGAAAAAUGGAAAUAUUUUUAAGGGGUUGAGAAUGUACCAUGA